GUGACAGCUUCGCGGGCUCCGACAGUCGCGAACGGGUUCCGGCCCAGCGUCCGGGAGACGCCGAGCGCUGGAGUUGGAGGGCAUCAGGUCUUUGAAUUCAAGUGCAGUCGCCAUACCUGACUGACCCCGGCGGGACUUGGGCAUGAUCUGGUCUAGGCAGGACGAUGGAAUUGUGACCUGUUAAGUAUAAGGCCUCUGGCAUCCCCAAGCACCAUGAAUGCCAUCGUCGCUCUGUGCCACUUCUGCGAGCUCCAUGGCCCCCGCACUCUCUUCUGCACGGAAGUUCUGCAUGCUCCCCUGCCCCAGGGUGCUGAAGGUGGGGACAGCCCUGGGCAGGCUGAGCAGGCUGAGGAAGAGGAGGGUGGCAUCCAGAUGAGCAGCCGGGUCCGUGCCCACAGCCCAGCUGACGGUGCCAGCACUGAGUCCAGCAGCCCGGGGCCCAAGAAAUCGGACAUGUGUGAGGGCUGCCGAUCUCUUGCCGUGGGGCACCCAGGCUAUAUCAGUCACGACAAGGAGACCUCUAUCAAGUACGUCAGCCACCAGCACCCCAACCACCCGCAGCUCUUCAGCAUCGUCCGCCAGGCCUGUGUCCGGAGCCUGAGCUGUGAGGUAUGCCCUGGUCGUGAAGGCCCCAUCUUCUUUGGUGAUGAACAGCACGGCUUUGUGUUCAGCCACACUUUCUUCAUCAAAGACAGCCUGGCCCGAGGCUUCCAGCGCUGGUACAGCAUCAUCGCCAUCAUGAUGGAUCGAAUCUACCUCAUCAACUCCUGGCCCUUCCUACUGGGCAAGAUCCGUGGCAUCAUCAGUGAACUCCAGGGCAAGGCCCUCAAGGUGUUUGAGGCAGAGCAGUUUGGGUGUCCGCAGCGUGCGCAGAGGAUGAACACCGCCUUCACCCCCUUCCUGCACCAGAGGAACGGCAACGCCGCCCGCUCUCUGACCUCCCUGACCAGUGAUGACAACUUGUGGGCUUGCCUGCACACCUCCUUUGCCUGGCUCCUGAAGGCAUGUGGUAGCCGACUGACCGAAAAGCUCUUGGAGGGCGCACCCACGGAGGACACCCUGGUCCAGAUGGAGAAGCUUGCUGACUUAGAGGAAGAGUCUGAAAGUUGGGACAAUUCUGAGGCUGAAGAGGAGGAGAAAGCCUCUGUGAUGGCCGACGGUGCUGAAGGGCAAGAGCGGACCGGUUGCCCCACAGAACCGUCUUUUCUGUCAGCCUGUGGGAGCUGGCAGCCCCCCAAGCUUUCCGUCUUCAAGUCCCUCCGACACAUGAGACAGGUCUUGGGUGCCCCAUCUUUCCGCAUGUUGGCCUGGCAUGUCCUCAUGGGAAACCAGGUGAUCUGGAAAAGCAGAGACGUGAACCUCGUCCACUCAGCAUUUGAAGUCCUCCGGACCAUGCUGCCCGUCGGCUGUGUCCGAAUCAUCCCGUAUAGCAGCCAGUAUGAGGAAGCCUACCGCUGCAACUUCCUAGGGCUCAGCCCUGCCGUGCCUAUCCCUGCCCACGUGCUGGCCUCAGAGUUUGUGGUUGUGGUGGAGGUGCACGCUGCCACGCGCUCAGGCCUCCACUCGUCCGGGUGCGAGGAUGACCAGUCCCUCAGCAAGUACGAGUUCAUGGUGAGCAGCGGGAGCCCAGUGGCUUCGGACAGAGUUGGGCCCACCAUCCUGAAUAAGAUCGAAGCGGCUCUGACCAACCAGAACCUGUCUGUGGAUGUGGUGGAACAGUGCCUCAUCUGUCUCAAGGAGGAGUGGAUGAACAAAGUGAAAGUCCUGUUUAAGUUCACCAAGGUGGACAGUCGCCCCAAGGAGGACACACAGAAGCUCCUGAGCGUCCUAGGUGCGUCAGAGGAGGACAAUGUCAAGCUGCUGAAAUUCUGGAUGACGGGCCUGAGCAAAACCUACAAGUCACACCUCAUGUCGACAGUCCGCAGCCCCACGGCCUCAGAGUCAAGGAACUGACCCAGAGAACCCCGGCUCCGUGGGAGACUGCCUUUCGGUUUCUGACUGCUGGAGUAAAGCCCCAUGUGAGGAGUGAAGACUUCUGGGCCUCCUUUGAAGCUCUGUCAUCCCAUAGCUUUUGAAACAUAGGGGACAAAGGGACAGUGGUCCCUCUGCGUCAUACUGCCCUGUCGGGAACUGGCAGAUGUGCUCUCUGUCUCUCAAGGACAAAGGCUGGGAACUGAUAGGAGUCAGAGCAGCCUGCCUGGGAGAUCUUACCGCUGCAGUGUGUCCUCAGGGCGUUAGGACAAACCUUCCCACAAACCUUCCCACCAUAAGAGACCACAAACAUCCUGGAUCGUUUGUCUUUGGGUUCAGGAACUCUCAGGUCACCUGCAUACCAUGGCCUCUGGUCAGCUCUUCCGCUUAUGGCUACAUCAAAACCAUGGCUGCAUUUUUUUUUUUUUUUAACUUUUAGUUUCUGAGUCAGGGUCUUAUUCUGUCUCCUAGCCUGGUUUAGAACUCACAGUGUGGCCUAUGCCAGUUCCAGACUUGUAGCAAUCCUCCUGCCUCAGCUUCCCAAGUGCUGGGAUUACAGAACUGAGCCAUCGUAACUCUACAUUGCUUUCUUCUUCCCCUGCUGCUGGUGCAGCAUUAACCAGUGACUGUAGAUUACGACAGAUCGGUCCCCACCAUUGUGGUUUUAAUAAGGACGCGGCUUGGAGGGAUUUCCCGAAAGCUUUCCCAGUUUGUUUUUAUAUUUUUGGUGUUUUUGUUUAUAUCUAACAUGAAGACUUAAGCUUAUGUGUCUUGGUCUCUGUACAGUUGCAAAAACAAUGAAACACAAUAAAUCUGUAUUUUUGUAA